AGCUGAUAUCAACCAAACGUCGAGUCACAUCUCGCAAGUUGAUACCGUUAUGUAUUCUUAAUUUUGGGUUAGAGUACGACCAUGUUUAGGUCGAUAUUAAGCGCCCAGUUUAAUCUGGAUACGCGCCUUGAUCUCCAUCGAGCAGUAACAGACAGCCAAUGGACUAUUCGCCAUUUGUCGAAGUUCAAAAUUCUUGCAGUACACGCCGGAUGUGUCAAUACUAUACAGUGGAAUCUGUCAGGAGAUUUAAUUCUUUCAGGUUCAGAUGACAGAAAACUAGCUGUGACUCGAUGGAUUGAUGGUCAUGUGAUAAAUGAAGUCAAAAGUCUACACAAAACUAACAUAAUGAGUGCAAAGUUUUUACCACAGUCCGGAGAUAGACAGGCAGUUUCCUGUUCGGGUGAUGGUGUCAUUAUGGUUUCUGAUCUAGAAAAUGGAAACAGCAGCCUGCAAGGUACAUUCAAGUGCCAUCAUGGCCCAGUCUACGAAGUUGUUACUGUAGAAAGUGAACCAAACACUUUCUUAAGUGUCGGAGAAGAUGGAACAGCUAGAUGGUUUGAUUUAAGGGCUUCGAGAAAUUGCACGACAACUCGUUGCAAGGAGAACAUACUGUUCAUCUGUCAAUCGCCAUUGUCGUCAGCCGCCAUUAAUCCCGUCCUACCACACGAAUUUGUAAUUGGAACAUCCGAUAGCCAAGUUUACGUAAUGGACCGUCGGAAACUAAGCACUGGUUCAUUAACUUCACCCACCCAAUCGAUCGUGUCUAGCAUGAAAGUGGCCUCAUUCGCGGGUCAUUCAUAUCGAACUACUUCCGUCCAGUUUAGCCCAGAAGGUGAUCAAGUCUUAGCAAGCUUCUCGGGCGAAGGUGUCUACCUGUUUGACGUCAAGGACCCUGCCUCGUAUUUACCUUUAAGUAUUCCCAAGUGUGAAUUGGAAGAGCAGUUUAGCGGAAAUCCCGACACCAAUUCUCCUUCUCGCCGCCGUGCCCGUCAGGGUCACAGUUUUAAACGCGUUCGUUUGCGUGGUGAUUGGUCAGAUACUGGGCCUUCCGCUGGAAUGAAUAGAACUGCCCCGGAUAUAGGACAGGCCCGCCCGACUGUUCACGAAGGGUUUAUGCAACGUAUGGCAGAUGUUUUGAGAUCCAUGACAAGCCUCAAUUCUCCAAGUGUCACUUCUCCCCCAAGCCCCUUUGAAAAUCCAACAGAGGAGCCUCCUUUUCUGAUUGCAGAAGCUAAUGCUCCUCCCAACACUUCCAGUGUUCGCGGUGAAACGAAUAGCAGAGACGAAAUCGAUUUUGUCACAUACGAGUCUCUUGGUAGAUCUGAGAAUCUUCCAGAGAAUCAGCUAGAAAACAUGGAAAGCAACGCUGAAGACAGUUCUAUCAAUUUUUCGGAAGAAAGAAGUGAAACGUUUCCUCAUUUUAGAAACCGUCAAGAUUCCGAACAAAGUUCAAGUGGUUUUUCUCUUCCAAGGGAACCUGCUGGUUGUGAUGAGAUCAUGGAUGCUCAGGAGGAAGAAGAUACCUCUCCCAAUAGUGAUAUGCUUUACCAACCGAUUGCGAAGAUGAAAUAUGAGGGACAUAGAAAUUCUCGAACCGCCAUCAAUGAAGCUUCAUUUUGGGGGAGGUGCCACGUGAUGUCGGGAUCCGACUGUGGCCAUGUUUUUAUCUGGAAUCGCCAAACCGGUGCAAUUGUCUCAGUUCUGCAAGCAGAUACCCGUGUUGUUAACCGAGUUCGGCCCCAUCCACACGAACCCAUGUUAGCCACAUCUGGUAUUGACUACGACAUCAAACUGUGGGCUCCGUCGUCUGGUCCAGAAAAUAACAUAAAUAUUGAAGAGUUGGUGAUCCGUAACGCGCGUAUGUUGGAAGAGACAAGGGACACGAUAACUAUACCUGCAUCGUAUAUGAUUCGAAUGCUGGCGUCAAUGACUCGUUUUCGACAAGGUACUAAUCGAGCAAAUUCCGAUUGAUCGAGAUCAAAUUUAUCCCAAGUCUUAUUGCACUACAGUAUUUGUCAAAUGAUAAACAGUUUUCCGUGAUGUCAUAGUUGUCCAUUCUCUAGUCUGUAUAAAUUAUUAGGAAUCA